CUGACAAGAUUAGGGGGUCUGCGAUGGGUGCGGUUUGUUGCGGUAUGUGUGUUGGAGAGACAUGUGAAGGACACAUGUCUGGUGAUGUUGUUGAUGAGAAAAAUGACUUUUAGGAAGCAAGCCCUCUGCCCCAGUGCGGCCACGGGUACCUCGACGUCCUUACUUUGUCGACCAUGUCUUUACCAUCCCCCUCGAGUCCAUCUCAUUCGUCUGCACUGCCGUCCCCGCCUUCGAGCGAUGGAGGCUACUACACAAGUGCACACCCACCCCCCGAGGCAAUCAAGAUCAACGAGGUCCUGACCAUGCUGAAAGGCGCACUGGGGUCUUUGGGAGUCAGUUUCCUGCUGUUGACUGUUCUCGGCUCAUUGUGGAUGGGGAACGCUCAUCGUCUGGUUGUGUUUUGUGCUCCGCUGCAGACGAGCUUUGAUGCGCUGAAGGAGCAGACGGCGCAGGUCGCGCUGCUGGGCGGGGAGUUCGAGAU